ACAUGGGGUAUGGACUAUCCAUCUUCUAUUAUUCGUACAUGUAAAUAUACCAGGAUCCUCUUUAGCAUAUGCACAGCGAUACACAUCAGCGCUACAUGAGGCCAUUAUAGGAUGGUGUACAAAACAUUAUAGAACACAUUUUGAUUAAUUCAUUCAAAAUGGUUGUUAGAGGCUUUGUUUAUAUAUCAUUCUUUAUAGCGCAGUGUAUAGCACAACAAUCACAACCAUUCACCGGCCGUGGAGAUAGCCCUCCAGUCAAUGGUAGUGUAGAAAUAUGGACGAGUGUCUUCUUGCACCGGCUACUUGCUGUAGAUCAAACUAACUACCUACACACUCAUGUACUGUAUAUAAUAUUCAAUUGGUAUGACCCGCGUGUGCUGGAACAAGUGCAAAAUGCCACAGCUGAACGCCCCGGUGACCUCUGUGGUUUCAAGUGUCAAACGGGCAGUACGCUGUGCUGUGAUACAAUCUGGCUGCCGGGGAUCGAUUUACAAAACGUAUACGA